CCACAUUGAAAUUCUUGGAGUUGAACCAAAAACCUUAAAAACCCAUUGUUCAUAUUACGCCUGUCGUUCAUCGAUUUCAUGCGUCGUGAGGCUGGGGAGGUCCGAAGAGCCAUGUAUUUGGGUUUUCUCGGUUCUUCCUCCGACUUUUCGAGCGUCGAGAGCUACAUGUGCGGACAACUGCGAACAUCUCUCUCUAGAACUCAAUUGAGUUCAUGUGGUCUCUACCGAUCUGCACAUCCAUCACCAGAUCGAUGCUGUUGCUGCUGCAGAUCACUCCCGAAUGGAGAAUUAAGGCCGUGAGGGUGCACCAAGCUCCAUUCGGAUGAAUCCGAGCCAGAGAAAAGACGUUGGAUUAUAGAUCAGGCCCCUUUCAUCAUGGAUUUGAAAGUUUUGGGUUUAUAGCUCAUGGUAGGUCGGGCUUUGGGUAAGUUGAGGCUAGGGUUUUCAUUAUUUUUGCUAUAAAUGGAUGAGAGUAGA